AUGAUUCGUGCUCCUCGCAUCUUGCCAACUGAUCCAGCAGUACUGCUGAUGGAAGGUGGCCCUGCUACGAUUCAGCCGCAGCAUUCCCAUCGUCCCGGUAUGUACGACGAUCCUAGUGCUAUUACACAAGGCACCUCGCAAAUUGAAGUGAUUGAUCUGAACGUCCCACCGAGUGGCCCCGGCUGCGUGGAUUGCGAAGCUGCCAAUAAAUGGUGGUUCCAUCUACGUCGUUGUGCCAAGUGUGGACACAUUGGCUGCUGUGACUCGUCUCCAUCACAGCAUGCCUCUAAGCAUGUUAUGUCGACGGGACAUCCUGUCGUUCGCAGCUUUGAGCCUGGCGAGGAUUGGUUCUUUGAUUACCGCACGGAGGAAACUUUUCUGGGGCCGUCCUUGCAGCCGCCAUUGCAUCAUCCACUCAGUCAGCCAGUACCCGGGCCCAAAGGAAGGGUGCCACGGGACUGGGAAGCACACUUGCAUCUAUGA